GCAUUAUCUCUAAUGUCACUCUCUCAGACUGCACUCGAGAAGUUGCGCGUGUUUGGAUGCGUGAAGUGGAUGCGAGCGGGAUUAACCUCCACAGUGAUAGACAUGCAUCAUGGUGUGGAUCCCUAAUUUGUACAAAGUGACGGCUGUGCGCGCGCUGUAGUGAGGAGCAAAGUUUUCUUCAAUGUCUAAUUAAGGGAGUUUUUGUUCUAAACCAAAAAUCAUGUUCACAACCUACGUAAAGAGUCUGAAUGAUAUGGUAUUUUCCACGUCUGAGAGCCCCGAGGAGCAGCCGAGUACUGGGGUCUUGGGUCGCAUCGGGAGCUGGUUCUCUCCAUGGAGGGGAAAGGGUCCAAAGAGUCCCACUGAAAAUGACUCCCCGACCACUGAUGAGGCUCUGAAAUCAGAGGGAGUCGAGGAGGGGAAGGAAUCUGCGAGACCCCAGGUGGGGGACCAACGCUGGGAGGAGGAGGAGAAGGAGCGACGCUUCCACCCCAGUCCACGGGAUUUCUCCAGAGACAGCUUUCUUUGUGAGGAGAAGGACGCCACGCAGUCUGCCCACAGACACGACUCUGCUGGCGCUGACCAAGCCCAUGCCCAGGCACAGAGACAGGCACGGGUCCAGACAGGCAAGAGGCUGCAUGUGUACCUGGAGGAAACCAGCGUGAUUCACUGUGGCAAAGACAUCUGUAUUGGACAGGAAGUUAUCCGCACCAAAGUCACAGAGAGCCUGCAAGCGUUAACAAAGACCAAGUCCUCUCCAGGUUUUGAUUCAGCACGUGCUCGCAGCAGAGAGACACAUGUUAAGUGUGCGGUCGGUGAACAGAGUUACUACACCACUCUUGGGGGAGUGUCGGUAACAUCACACAAAGAGCCACAGUCACAGCCUGAACCUGAUAGAGAACAAACAGAGACAGACAACAUGGGGCGUAAAAAUGCAGCCAGGCGGAAAUACAGGAAAACCUCUCAGAGUGACAAGGGGAACAGCACCCAAGAAAAAACGCCACCCAAUGAGCAACUUGCCCCAGAGGGUUUCCCUCCAUCAGAUAACUCAGUCACCAGUGCUGAGGGCCAAAGUCCAAACACUCACAUGGGAGAGUCAUCUGAAAACUCCUCCCCCAGGCACAAUCUCACCUCACAGGCCUCACCUAUGGGAGGGGAAAGUAAGACUCCCUGUCCUGAUAUGGACAAGCACUUGGCAAACACACAAGAUUCAAACACAGUCACGGCAGACACUCUGGCAUGUGCAGUUGAUGAGGGCGCAGACAUGGAGGACGAUGACAGCGUUUACAAAGUGGAAAGGAAGACGGAGACACCGGAGUCCAAGCGCAGGAGUAUCAAGGUGUCUCGGAGUGAAGUGAAGCUCUUUACCAAAUAUGUGCCUUUGAACCCAGGGCCGAAACCCACGAGAGACAAGCAGGAAUUCAAAUCAGCGUUAAGAAAUGCCAAAGACGAAGAAGAAGAAAAGACCAAGCCCAGAACAGAGGUCGAUGCAAGACUACCUAACGUGAAGAAAAGUAAUGAGGAGCCUAAGCCAGUCACUGGCAGGAUUGCAGAUAGAAUCGGCCUCUUCGAGCGCCAGCGGGUGAUGGGGAUCCACAAGGACACCUUUCAGACCACGAGAAGUGCCGAUGUCUCUCCAGUCAGGAAAGUGACGGAGAGGCUGAAAGAAUAUGAUUCGCCAGCCCAGAGGUCGAGAUCGGCCGAACGUCAAAGCCCGGCCAGAUCCGGACCAGUUGUGGCGGAGAAAGCCAUGACGAUCAAGGAGCGAAUAAGGAAUUUCACAGAGGCAUCCAAAUCCGAAGCGAAGACAGCGCGGCCUCAGAGGCCAGCCAUGACUGGAAUGCCGCAAAAAUCUACGUCAUCUGUGGCGGUUGCUCCAUCAGAUCCGAAGGAACUGGACGGUCAGGGUAAACUGGAUGCUAAAGAGCUGAUAAAGACAAAGGCAAUGUUAGGAAUUACACUGAAACCAGAUGAUCAAGAUACCACGUCUGUAGGGUUGGAUGUUGCCAUUUCAAAACAACAACCUGCAGACACAGUGACCUCGAAAACAGACGGUCCGGAGACAAAAUGUGAAUCCGCUGUCUCCACUAAAGGAGCAGGUGAUUCUUCAGAGGUGACAAGUGACGUGAGUCCACAGUCCAAAGGUCCCAGCAGAAUAGGCUCUCGCUCUAAAAGAAGGAAAAGUAAAGAACCUGCCAGUCCCACAAGCCCAAACAGUGAAAACAAAGCAACAUCUAAGCCGCAGGUCACAAAUAUAAAACCAGAUCAGGUAGAAGAUACAGUGUUUACAGUGUCUGCCUGUAAACAGCCCACAGUCAAAGUCUCAAUAUCAUCUGAUAAAGCAACAGAGAAAACAUCAGAAAAACAGGCUGACACUAAACCAAAAGAUUUUAAAGAGGAAGUGGAAGUGUCUGAAAACCAAGAGAAACUGAUAGGGCAAUCAUUCACAAAGAAUAUUGACAAAUCCGUCAACAGGAAGGACAAGUUGCCUGAGCCAUCUGUUGAGAGAGAUGAACCAGAUACUGCCUCUCAUAAGAGUGGAACAAAGAAGCCCAUUGACAAGGAGCCCGUUAUCUUAGCCCAAAAGGAUGAAAAGGCAGGGGGUCACAGCCUUGUGCUCACACAGGAGAGAGAAAAGACCUCAAAGGACAUCAGACGACAUUCAGACUCAUCCCCCUCAACACCAGUUGAUCGGCCUAUUGAGAAGAGUUCCUCAAAAGAGCAGGUUUCACCUGUCGAAUCCCCCAAAUCAGAUAAAGAAUCUUCAGUGCAACCUGAAGCAAUAAGGGCAGAAAAAGAAAAGCAGCCCAGUCCAAAAGAUGUAAAACUGCAAGCUUCAAACAAAGACACAGAACCAGUAACGUCUGAGAGUGAGCAUGUGGGGAAAGAAGAAAAGGCAGCGAUCGGAAAAACAAAUCAGAGUGAGAGGAAAGCAAAAGAAAAACCACAGCAACUCCCGCAUCCAGAUAAAAAUACCACAGAUUCCACAGUUUCAGAGAGCGAACAAGGCAAAGUGGAAAAGCCGAGUGUUGCUAAGCCUGAUGAAACAAACACUGCAGGAAAGAAAGAGGAGUCAGUACCUAUUACAGACAUGGCAAAAGCUAAAGACCCCCGCUCAUCAGUGGACCUCCCUGAACAGGUCUGUCCUACACAUCCAGAAGAAGCUGCUGCUCCUGCUGUCACCAGCACUAAUGAUGCUGUAAGUCAUGCAGAGAGUGAUGUAGGGCCAUUGACAAAAGCCACAGCAGCAGAAGUGACUCCUGACUUGCAAACAAAGCCAGUGGAAAUGUGUGGAACAGACACAGAGCCUGUGGCCACUUCAUCUGUGCCACAGUCUAAUUCUGUAUCAGUGGAAAAAAUGGGGAAUUCGCCUGAUGACUCACAUGCACGUGGAGCUAAUGGUGUUGAGCUCUCCAGCUCCAAGCCUAUUACCAGAGCCACUGCAGCAGUUGGGGAAGAGUCUGUAAAAGCCGUUAAUGACUCUCCAGCGCUGAUGAAUGCACAGGCAGACGGUGUGGCAGAGAAAGCGCUGUCCGUUAAAGAGUCCUCUCCUAUUCCUGUCUCUAAAUCUACGAGCAGCGAGGGAGCAGAGCAAGAUGACGGGAAAACAAGUACAACUGUCAAAACAGUGCCCUCAGAGGGCAACAUCUCAGGAGAUGUAAGGGAACGUGUUUCCAGCCCUUCACAAAGCACAGCCACUGAAGAAAUACCAGCACAGUGUCCUUCUGAUAGCAACGCUUUUAAAGCCACAGAUCGCGUGACAGGGAAAACAUUGACUGGUUUACUACCGAAUCAACUUUCGAGCCUUCCUAAUGGCGACAUCUUGUCACGUUCACAAGUGCCCACUGUCAAAAAGGAAGUGGACGAUAACAACAAGCCGAGUCGCACUCCAAAAGUGCCCGCUUCCCCAGAGGCUGAUAAGCCGAGCCAAGAACCAACCAAGCGUUCACCGCUGAAGAAGCUCCACUUGCCACAAGGACUAAUCAUAGACGAUGCUUUCAAACAAGACGCUCCCUCUAGCUGGCUGGAUGUAGACUUUCCUAAACGGAAACUGAAAGUCUCAGAGGCCAAACUCACCUCGUCUGGAAGUGAGAGCAACCUUCUGGACGCCUCUGACGAGCUGGACGACGACAAUUUUGUUGAGAGGAUCAAGAAGCUUUGCGCCCCCUUCUCCCUCCCACCGCGCAAACACAACCACUUCCGGCCACCUCAGCCACCCUUCGCGAUGCCGGCUAUCAAGGAGGCCCGCUUUGAGAAGACCUUCGACCCGGACGAGUUUAAGUUCGGCUUGAGUAAAAAGAAGCAAUUCGGCUUAGACACGUCGCCAAGUGUUCUAGCCAAACUCCAGACCACAGAGACUAAAUCUGGCCUGAAGCCUGCGAGGGCUAGUUUGGCCAAUCGGAGCAUGCUGCUCAGUAGCCUUGACACAGAGUCCCGACUCAGGGAAAUAGAUGUUCCCGAUGAGGUGGACGCCAAGAAGGAGAAAGACAUUAAGGUGAAGGUGAAGUCUCGCCUGGAGGGGAGCUGUGUCCUCAGCAGCCUCACCUCCAGUUUUAAAGGGAAGAAGAAUGGAACUCGUGCUGAGGCAGAAGCCUCCAGCUCUGAGGAGGACUCACCUACAAGAACCCCCCAGCGAAGUCCUCCACCUUUAACCCAGCCACCCCCUCCAAGCCCGACUGGCCUAGCUCCAAUCAUACACAUGCCAGCCCUGAGCGGCAGAGACGAAGCUCCGGCUGCAGAGGCUGGUAUCCCUGAAGGAAGUGACUCAAAACCGUCACUUCCUUCCUUCCACGACAUCAAGCUGCCAGACUAUUUAGAGAAGUACUUCCACCGAGAACCAGUGCAAAGCACACAAGCAGAGGAGAAAGUCAAUACCAAGGUCACUGAGAUCAUGACAAGUAAAGGUGAAGUAGACCCGGCUGUAAAAGCAGCUCCGGUGCUUCCUGAUGUUGCUGCUGCUGCUGCUGCGCCUCCAUGUUUUCCUGUCAUUCCUCCAAACACGCCCUCUCCACUGCCUGAGCAGCCUGUGUCUCUGCCAACAAAGAUGACUGGCAAUCAUGUGAGAGCUGCCAAAGGAUUUUACAAGCGUCCAGGAAAGAUGGUGUUAUUUGAGAAGGCAGAGUUCAGCGGCCAAGCGUACGAGAUUCACAGGGACGUAGCAGAUGCUACGUCUAUGCAGCUCUCGCCUCUCAUAUCUGUGAAGGUCGUCCGAGGAUGCUGGGUGCUCCACGAGAAACCCGGCUUCCAGGGACGCUGCAUUGCCUUAGAGGAGGGGGGGAUAGAAUUGGCAAACAUGUGGGCAGAGGCCGACGUGGAGACGGAGCCACAGAACGCUCCGCCGAUGCAGAUCGGCUCCAUUCGACUGGCAGUCUGGGAUUACAGCCCACCCCAUAUUGAUCUGUUUACUGAACCCGAGGGCCACGGAAGAGUAUCGCCUUUCCACGAUGACACAAUAGAGACGGGCUCAUUUGGCAUCCCACUGAGCACCGCUUCCAUCCAGGUGCACUCUGGGGUGUGGCUGCUGUUCAGUGACCCAGGGUUCCAGGGGAUGCUGACUGUGCUGGAUCCGGGUGUGUACCCUUUCCCCGAGACCUGGGGCUUUCCGUCGCCCUUCGUGGGAUCUCUGAGACCACUUAAAAUGGGCGGUUUUAAAGUGGAGAAUCCGAGUGAAGUCAAGGCGGUGUUGUAUGAAAAACCGGGCUUUGAGGGCUCCUAUUUAGAAAUCGACAGUGACGUGUUCAGCUUUUGUGAGGGUGAGGAGGACAAUCAAGCACAGAGUGCAUACCUUGACACAGUGAAGGCCGUGGGUUCUUUAAAGAUCAUUGGAGGACUCUGGGUGGGCUACAGCCAGCCUGGGUUUGAGGGCCAACAGCACAUCCUGGAGGAAGGAGAGUUCUUGGACUGCAGUGACUGGGGAGGCUCGGAGCAGCUCCUGUCAAUGCGACCGAUACUGGCUGAUUUCAUGUCGCCGCACCUGAAAAUGUUCAGCGAACGAGACUUUGGCAAGCUGGGAGUGAACGUUGACCUCACCGUGCCCGUCAUUAACAUGGAUGACACCGGCUAUGGCACGAAGACCCAGUCAAUUGACGUCAUUAGUGGCGUCUGGGUUGUGUUUGAAGAGCCAGGCUUUUGUGGUGAGUCUUACAUCCUGGAGAAGGGCCUGUAUGGAAGCCCAGAGGACUGGGGCGCGCUGCAGCCCAGGGUUGCCUCGGCGAUGCCUGUUAUGCUGGAUGAUUUUGAGAGCACGGCCAAAUUUAAGGUGCAGCUUUUCUCCGAUUCAAACCUUGAAGGCCCCGUCAUCUCCCUGGAGGACAGCGUGGCCUCCCUGCCAGAUGAAUUCCCUGUGGCUUCAUGUAAGGUUGUGGCUGGCAGCUGGCUGGCAUUUGAGGGCGAGGACUUCACUGGCAGGAUGUACGUGCUAGAAGUGGGGAGCUACUCAGACCUGAGAGCAAUGGGCUGCGAUAAUGGUGGCUCAUCCAUCAUGUCACUACAGCCUGUUGGCUUUGAGUUCUCGUUGCCUUCCAUCACGCUUUUUGAGCGCUGCAGUCUGCGGGGGAAGAGGGUGGUUCUGACAGACGGCUCAGUCAACCUUCAGCUGGCUGGAGGCUGCAGCAGAGUCCAGUCGGUGGUCGUGGAGGGAGGCAUGUGGGUGUUGUACGAGGGAAUCAACUAUCUCGGCGCUCAGAUUCUGCUGAAACCUGGCGAGAUUGUCGACUGGCGCAAGUUCAGCGGCUGGAAUAAGAUUGGGUCCCUCCGCCCUCUGACACAGAAACAAGUGCACUUCCGUCUGAGGAACAGACAGUCGGGGCUCAUGAUGUCAGUAACCGGGGACAUGGAUGAUGUCAAAUUGAUGCGGAUACAAGAAAUGGAGGAGACCAAUGGAUUUGAGCAGAUCUGGUUUUACCACAAUGGAUAUCUCCACUGCAAGCUGCUGGAGGAGUGCUGUUUGUAUCCUAGUAGCAGCGUAACCAUGGCAGGAAGCCGUCUAGGUCUCACCCCACAGCCAGACCAGCAUAUUCACCUCUGGAGUAUCACCCCUGAGGGCUUUAUCCGCUACACACCCACUGAUCUGGUUCUGGAAGUCAAAGGGGGCCACCACUUUGACAAAAGCCUAGUCAUUCUGAACUCAUUCGAUCCCAACAAACCCCAACAGAGGUGGGACGUGGAGGUUCUCUGAAACCCUCCGAGCUGCUGAACAGGAUCACAACGUUAUCAGGUCAUCAGGUGCGGCUCCGCUAAAGGCUCCGCUCUACACUAAAUUAUGCUUGAGGUACGCCGCCACAGAUAGUAAACCUUCGCUGAAAAACCAGAACUGAAUAAUUUCCAUUGAGGAGGCGCACAAGGGAGUGAUGUACAUACGCGAGUACGAAUGUACGGCAAUCAACUGAAAAGAUGCAACAUUAAUAACUCAUAUUUUACACUUUUAGUAAUAUAUCCAAAAGGUUUGUGUUUUGAUUAUUCUUUGAAUAAAUCUCUCCGCCUGAUGUUAAUUUACUUAAAACAGUGUUACCACUUUUUUCUCGCGUAUUUUUAUGCAAUGUCAUGUUAUAUAUCAUGUUAGUCCAGCUGCUCUUAAACAGGAGGAAACAGUAAGAGAAGUGUUUCCCCCGAAAUGUCUUUCACCACCAAUUUAAUCAUCACUACAACGCAAAUGUAUUUUGUAAACAAAAUAAAAAGUAUUUUUGUCUAUGAAUGUCCUGUACAUUGUACAGUAGAUGAGAUGCUGCACUUGUUGAAACUAAAUUAAAUGUUUCAGAUUUAAAAGAGUGAUUGUUGAAAAUAUAUAAUGUGCAAUUGUCAAAACAUGGAGAAUGUGCAAAUGCUAAAAAUAAUGCUAAUUUUUAUUUGUCUGCUCGACCCAGCACUGCACUGGACAUAAACAAUAUUGACAAACAUUA